AUGGUCAAGCUCAUCGGCAUCACGGGCCACGGCGUGCCCUGGAUCGGGGGCACCAUCCUCUGCCUGGUGAAGAGCAGCACGCUGGCUGGCCAGGAGGUGCUCAUGAACCUGCUCCUGGCUCUGCUCCUGGACAUCAUGACCGUAGCGGGCGUGCAGAAGCUCAUCAAGCGGCGCGGGCCCUACGAGACCAGCCCGAGCCUGCUGGACCAGCUCACCAUGGAUGUCUACGCCUUCCCGGCCGGGCACGCCAGCCGCGCUGCCAUGGUGUCCAAGUUCUUCCUCAGCCACCUGGUACUGGCGGUGCCGCUGCGCGUGCUGCUGGUGCUGUGGGCCCUGUGUGUGGGGCUGUCGCGGGUCAUGACCGGCCGUCACCACGUCACCGACGUCCUCUCGGGCUUCGCCAUCGGCUACUUCCAGUUCCGCCUGGUGGAGCUGGUCUGGAUGUCCUCCAACACCUGCCAGAUGCUCAUCUCCGCCUGGUGAGGCUCCGCCUGGGGACAGCGCGCGGCCAGGUGGGGGUU